AUGACUCAAGCACUUUUCGAAGACUGGUUCAUAAACUGCUUUAUUCCCCAGGUUCGUGAAUAUUGUUUCGAAAACACUAUUCCAUUCAAGGUGUUAUUACUUUUGGACAACGCACCCGGCCAUCCACCUCAUCUAGCCGAUCUCCAUCCCAACGUGAAAGUGACAUUUUUACCACCCAAUAAAACUCCCCUCAUCCAACCUAUGGACCAAGGAGCUAUUGCUGCCUUUAAGGCAAAUUAUCUAAAAACCACCUUUUCCCAAGCUAUAUCUGCUACAGAUGAUGAUCCUGACUUAUCUUUACGUGAUUUUUGGAAAAAAUACGAUAUUCUUAAAUGCAUCAAGAAUAUCUCUGCAGCAUGGGAAGCUGUGACAAAGAAAUGCAUGAACGGCAUUUGGAAGAAUUGCGCUAAACGCUAUGUGAAUACUUUUGAUGGGUUUGAUAAUGAGAAUGAACUAAUAAUGAUACGUGAAAAAAUUGUGAUAUUAGCCAAAGGUCUAUCGUUAGAAUGUGAAAUGGAAGAAAUCGAGGAAUUGCUUGACAAAGAGUCAGAAGAACUAACAACUGAAGAUCUGAUUGCGCUGGAAGAGGAAAAAGUUGCUGAAGAAGAAAGGAGAGAAGCAGCAGCAGAAAAGGCGGAUGAGGAGGAGGAGGAGCCACAAAGAAUGUUCACGACUAAAGGCUUAGCAGAAGGUUUAUCACAGUUAAAUAAACUUCUAGCUCAUUUUGAAGGAAUGGAUCCAAAUACUGAAAAUUUUCAAGAAUUGAUCGCAUGGUUCUUGAUGCUUUUUGCCCAUACCGGGAAAUUUAUGAAGAGAAGAAAAAACGGACCAUUCAAACAAAACUAA